AUGAGCUCUCGAACGCUGAACUGGUCUCGAACGGCCAAAUCCUCAUUGGUGAAGCAACAUCUAGUUCGUCCUAAUGACCCCAUUGCGGCGCGCCCGGCACAGGCGCUCAAUGUCCGAACCCAGCAAGUCGCCGAGUUCUCGGGCAGCAGCGAAAACCGAGAUCGCCUCGGCCACCGCGCAAAGGAGAAGUUGCUCGAUCGGGAGUUCUUUCUAAGCCUUUUGAAUUCUGCGUCAACUAAGCGCGAAGCCAAGUCAUACCUAGCUCGGCUCAAGGCCAGCCCCGCCAAAUCGAGCCAAGAAUCUACUUCGGAGACCCCGAAGGAGUCCAUAUCAGCAUCUCUGCCGUCUGGUGUCAAUCUGGGCUCGUUCCAUGGUGCCUCCAGGGCGGUGUAUGACAGUCCUGUCUUCCGCCAAGAUACAACUCCUACUCCACGCGCGCAGGAUAUACCCGAAAGACUGCACUUGGCCCUGAUCAAAAUUGCCACGCCGCAAUUACUCGAUGAUUCUGUGAUUAAUGGAGUGGCUAAGACCCUGUCGCAGCUCGUCCGCCUGGGCAUGGCAUGCUGCGUGGUUGUCGAUCCCGGAAAGAUGGACGGCUCUGCCGCGCGACAAACAGCCAUUGAGCAGGCGAAUCGGAUAUCGGCCGCAGUUGAUGACCUGCCAGACUCGAAGUCUUUUAGAUUAGACUCGACGUUAUCUAUAUCUGAGCGAUCGGGUCAACUCUCGGUUCUAUCGCGAAAAGUGCUCUUGAGCGCCCUUCGGGAUGGUCAUGUGGUACUUGUUCCACCGAUAGCUUAUAUGGAGGAGAAUCCACGAGCUAUCACAGUUUCGGCCAACGAUGCUGCUAUUGCGCUGACGAAAGAAUUUGCUGGAUUGUCUGUGAAUCCUGACCCGGACGAGGAUCCCGUAGUCACCGUGGAGAGAAUCAAUGCUCUACAAAGGGAAGUCUCACUGGACCGUGUCAUUGUUCUCGAUCCGCUUGGGGGAAUUCCGGCUUUCAAGGGCCCCCAAUCAUCGCACGUUUUCAUUAACAUGGAACAAGAGUUUGAUCAAAUCGAAGAUGAGCUUUCCGAGGCACGGAGCUCUGUUUCUGAAAACAACGAUUUCUCAGAACAGUCAACUACCGAGUCCACUUACCCAAUAUCGGAAAGCAAUCCGUUCUCGAAGUUUGUCAAUCGUGAGCUUGUUUCGCCUGCUCAACCUACUGCACCCGGCAAAUCACCGGGUGCUGAGGCGAUGACGGAGGUGCUAGAUGGGCAUCUAGAGAAUCUCCGAUUAGCCCAACAAGCAUUAACAAUGCUACCAUCAGCCUCCUCAGGAAUUAUCACCUCCCCACAAGAAGUCUCCCACUCAGCCCGUUCACCGCAAGAGGCUGCUUCAGACCUAUCAGCCGUCGGAACCCGUCGACAGCGCAACCCAUUGAUCCACCACCUCCUCACCGACAAGCCUCUAUUAUCAUCCUCUCUACCCCCAGGUCGACGCGGUGUUUCUAAAGGCAAUAAAUAUAGUGCAUUAAGGCCCCCCGUCUCCCAUACGACCUUUGUCAAACGUGGAAUGCCUCUCACAAUCCUCCCGAACCCUUACACAAAACCCUGGACAGCCCAUAUCCAACCUCGACUCGGACUUCACGACCCCUCCAUCGAUCUACCCCGUUUAGUCACCCUGAUCGAAGACUCCUUUGACCGCAAACUCGAUGUCCAAAACUACCUCGACCGAGUGAACAGCCGCAUCGCCGGUGUCAUCGUCGCUGGCGAGUAUGAAGGCGGCGCGAUCCUGACCUGGGAAACGCCGCCGGGAGUACCAGACGACGGAAGCGAAGCUAGUGCCGCCCGCAUGGUGCCGUAUCUGGAUAAGUUUGCUGUGCUUAAGCGUAGCCAGGGUGCCGGCGGCGUCGCGGACAUUGUGUUCAAUGCCAUGGUGCGCACAUGUUUUCCCAACGGGGUCUGCUGGCGUAGCCGCAUGGACAACCCGGUUAAUAAAUGGUACUUCGAGCGCUCGUUGGGUACCUGGAAGUUGGCUGAUAGUAACUGGACUAUGUUCUGGACGACACCCGGACUGGUGGAGGAUACUCAGCGCUUCCAGGAUUAUGAGGCUGUUUGCCGGUCUAUUCAGCCUAGUUGGGCGGAUAAAAAAAGUGUCAUUGAUUGA